GCGCACAGAGACCGACCUGGAAGUGAAGCUGAUAAACAACCGAGCAGCAGCUCGCUCCGGUUCUGCUCCGGUUCUGCUCCGGUUCUGCUCCGGUUCUGCUCGCGUGUGUCCAACAUGUCAAAGAUCGAGAUGCUCCGGCUGCUCAUCACCCAGCGGCUCACCGAGGCCGCGGAGGACAUCUUCGGCGUGUUCGGGAGAACCAUCGCCGAGUACGAGGACCAGAUCACCCGGUCCAGGCUGGAGAUAGACCGGCAGAGACGGCUACUGGAGCUCAGCACCAAGCCCAGGAUCAGCGUGCACGGGGACAGGACAGCUGUCUCCGAGCAGCAGGACUGGAGCUGUGGUCUGGACCUGAACGAGCUGAAGCCUCCUCACAUCAAAGAGGAGGAGCAGGAGGAGCAGGAGGAGCAGGAGGAGGAGCAGGAGGAGCUGUGGCCGCCUCAGCAGGAGGCGACUCAGGUGGGGGAGCAGAACGACGUGAAGUUCGUGUUGUUCCGGAGCGGCGGGGCGAGAACCGAGCUGGACGACGAUCACAUGACCUCGCUGUCAAAGGACCAGCAGCAGCCGGGCACGUCGCUCGUGCUCGACGAGGACGGCGCCGACGCUUCGGACCCGGCUUCAGGUAACGCCCAGCUGGACUGCGGCGACCUGGAGGCGGCGGCGCUGUCCGAGGUGGUGGACUCGUACAUCUGCACCAUCUGCGGCCGAGCGUUCGCUCAGCGCAGACACUGGGCCAAACACGUCCAGGUCCACCGCAAGGUGGACAACAAAGCGGACAAGUCGUACACCUGCGACAUCUGCGGGAAGAAGCUGACCCGCUUCGACGGAUACCAGAAACAUCUGAGGAUCCACACGGGCGAGAAGCCGUACUGCUGCGACGAGUGCGGACGCAGGUUCAGCGACAACUCCAACUACAAACGACACAUCCGCACGCACGCCAGACAGAAAACGCCGCAGAGCUGAGGACGCUGGGCGGGGACGCCGGGCGAGGACGGACGCUGUUACUGAGAAGACGAGGUUUCAAAGAAGCAGCAAAGACACGAUGAAGACGUUUCUGUCCUUCGUCCACCUCAUGUACUCUGAGAUUUAUUUUAACGUCCAUGUGAUUCGUCUUUUUAACUCGACAGACGUCUUCUGUCUUUUGUCCGUCGUGUCUCGUCAAACAUUUCCAGGCUCCAUGUCUAACUGGUCGGCCGAGUUGCCGUUAAUCAUGUUUCUCACGCUCACGUGGACGAGGACCGAGAAGAAGAA